UAUACAUCAAAGCGAACAUAGACAUCCCAAGGACAUUGUCACAUCUCGUCUCCUCAAUAACAGGAUCAUCACCACCACUACCACCACCAUCGCCAUAAUCAUCAUGCCCACUGAAUCCCCACCCAAUACUCUCCCUCCAGAGCAUAUCCCCAUUCUCAUCAUCGGUGCCGGUCCCGUCGGAUUAUCCCUCGCCAUCGAACUCCGUCUCUUCGACAUCAAAGUCCUCGUGGUCGAUCGUGAAGCAGAAAUCAUCAAUUCCCAUCCAAAAGGUCGAGCCAACGAUCUUCGAACUCUCGAACACUAUCGUCGUUGGGGUGUGAGCGACGAACUACACCGACUUGCCUGGAAGACACGUAAUCCAAACCAGAAAGUCGUCAUUACGAAUUCAAUCGUCGAGCCGCCUCUAGGUGCAUAUCCACUCCGAUUGGGUCGACAUGUCGAUGAAUCGCGUGACUAUGCGGCUGAACCAUCAUUAAGUGUCCCGCAGGCGAUUACGAUGCGUGUUUUGCAGAAGAAAGCGGUGGAAUUGGGUGCCAUUGUCUUGAGAGGGUGGGAGGCGAAAUCAAUUCACCAGCAGGAUGAUGAGGAGAAAUCCGUAACGACGAGGCUAAGGUCACCAACAGGAAUUAUCUUUUCCAUUUCCUCCGAAUAUGUCGUUGGAUGUGAUGGUCCUGAUAGUCUAGUCCGAACCACCGCUGGAAUUUCACGACGUGGCAUCGGCCCAACAUCACGGAGUGUGAGCUACGUUGUCCGCAGUGAAGGGUACAAGAUCGGCGAUCUCAUUAGUUCACCGGCCCACGACUCUCUCGGUUUCCUCAUGGUAUUGAGCUCAAAAGCCUCCACCAUCGUCAGCAUCCCCGACGACGAACACUGGGGAUUAAGUUUCGAAAUCCCCGACGAUGCACCAAACCCCACUGACGAGGAAAUCCAACGUCACGGCCGCGAUGUUCUCGGAGUGGAUACCCCCCUCUCCAUAGUCAGUUCAUCCUCAUACCGAGUGUUCACUCGGGUUGCAUUAUCAUAUCGCAAGGAUCGUCUAUUCAUCGCCGGCGAUGCCGCUCAUCUCUGUCCCCCCACUGGCGGACAUAACAUGAAUGUUGGAAUCGGCGAUGCCGUGAACCUAGCGUGGAAAAUCGCCGGUGUGGUUCAAGGAUGGGGAGGGGAGAAAUUACUUCAAAGUUACGACAUCGAACGGCGGUCGGUUGGGAAUUUAGUGACGGACGCGGCAUUCGAUAAUCACUCCGCAAUGGAAAAAGCGACGGAGAUCUUUCGGAAUCUACCAUCACUGGAUCCCAAUGCGAGUUCGGAACAACGGUUUAAUCGUGGCGAUAUUGCGUAUCAGAUCACGUAUCCGCAAUGGAAUAGUUUUGGUGUCGUACUGGGUCAGAGGUAUGAAGAAUCAUCAUUAACGAUUCGCGGUGAGUGGACGGCUCCGCCUUAUAGUGGGAGUGAGUAUUGGCCCCAUGCGAGUCCUGGGCAUCGUGCACCGCAUGUAUGGCUUGAUGACAAAAGUCCUUUGUUGGAUCAUUUUGAGAAGUAUUUCACUUUGUUGGAUAUAGAGGCUUCUGAUGGACAGGUUACUCGGUUCUUGAAGGCUGCUGCUGAUGUUGGGCUUCCGAUCACUCAUCUCAAGGUUUCCGCCGCGGUUGCGAGGAAGAGAUAUCCUGCUGAGAUCACGAUUAUUCGUCCAGAUCAAUAUAUCAGUUGGCAGGGAAAUGAAUGUAGUAACCCUGCAUCCGUCAUCGAUACGAUUAGAGGGUUCUAG